AUGCAGGCGGGGUCCACGGUGCGGACCGACAACGGUCGAGGUGUGGCCACGCGGACGGUGCUCGUGGGCGACAUUGGGGGCACCAAUGCCCGGUUGUCCGUGGCGAGCAUCGGGGCCGAUCAGGAGGUGUCGACCGUUUAUGAGAAGUGGUAUGCCACUAAGGACUACCCGACGUUUCUUGACGUCCUGGACGCUGCGGCAUCAGAGCAGUCCGUGCAAGCCGCCUCUCCCAGCGUCGCGUGCUUCGCCGUUGCGGGGCCUGUACAAAACGGAAGGGGACAAAUGACCAACUUGAACUGGACGAUUGACGGGCAAGAAAUAGAGAGGAAAUACGGCUGGAGAGUUGCAGUCAUGAACGAUUUUGAGGCUCAGGGCUAUGGCGUUUUAGAACUGCAAGACUCUGACUUGCACGUGGUCAACGAGGGGUGUACUGUGCAAGGGGCUCCGAAAAUUGUGAUCGGACCUGGAACUGGGCUGGGCCAAGCUCAGUUAAUGUGGGAUGACGGCUUACAUGACUACAGGGUGUGGCCAUCUGAGGGAUCACACGCUGAUUUUGCACCAAGGGGGAGUAUUCAGGUUCACCUCAGGAACUGGGUGGUCGAUGGACUGGGAUUUUGCGAAGUCGAACAUGUUGCGUGUGGGAGCGGAAUCGAAAGGAUAUAUGCAUUCCUGACAAAUCCAGAUAGCUUCACGGCUGGUGGCAAAUUCCCAAAGAAGGCAAGAGACAUCUCCCGUGAGGCUUUGGAUGGCAGCGACCCGGAUGCUGUUGCUGCAGUGGAUUUGAUGCUGUCAAUUGUUGGGGCAGAGGCUGGCCACAUGGCACUGCGUAGUCUUGCAAGAGGGGGUGUGUAUAUUGCGGGAGGGAUAACUCCCAAGCUGCUGGAUCGAGUGAAGACAGGGGUGAUGCAGGAGGCCUUCCUUCACAAAGGCAGCCGCUUCCACAAUCUCCUCAAGGACAUCACCGUCAGCGUGGUAAUGCAGCAAGACGUCGGGCUGCUGGGCGCCAGGCGAUUUGCAAUCAGACUGCUGAACAGCCAAUAA